AUGGAUUCUCCCUCCUUCCUCCGAGGCCGUCUGGACCAGAUGCUCAGGUGCCUGCAGACCCCCUUGGACAAACUCUCCGUAACAAAUUGCCAUCGGCUGACGCAUUCAGACCUGACACACCUGUUCCAGUGCCCGAACCUCAUGCAGCUGAAGUCCCUGCAUCUAUUUGGCCUCAGCCUCUCGGAUUUUAGUCUUGAGCCCCUCCGAGCUCUGCUGGAGGCAGUGGCACCCACACUCGAGGACUUGGGUCUGGAUAACUGUGGGAUGGUGGACUCCCAAGUUGAGGCCAUCCUGCCUGUCCUGAGCCGCUGUCAGCAGCUCAGGGUCUUCACCAUCUCUGAGAACAGCUUUUCCGUGGCCACCGUGGAGAAGCUGCUGCGCCACACAGCCGGGCUGCGCAGUUUAGAGCUCGAGCUGUACCCUGUCCCCCUGGAGUGUUACAGGAUCCAGGGGACUGUCAACAAGGAGAGACUUGCGCUGAUCCGGGCUGAGCUCAUGGGGAUACUGAGGGAGUUAGGACAGCCCAGGACCAUCUGUCUUGGCAAAUGUGGCAAAAGUAAAGUUUAUGACGUGGAGUUUUCAUGA